AUGAUCUCCAGCAAGGAAUGGACCGCCAUCAAAGCUACCGCCCGCGUCACUCAAAACAAGCUCGAGCAGUUGCCCCUGCCAAAGUCUAUCAUCCAAGAGGUGGAGCAGCAGCAGCCGCUGCUAGCUCUAUGUUCAAACCAUUGGAAGGCUGAACAUGUCCUUGGCCAAAUGUUGAGGUCUACAACAACGAUGAAGACACAACUCUCACUACUAUCUCGUCAGGAACAGGAACAGGAAUGGGAAUGGGAACAGGAACGGGAACGGGAACAGAAGCUCAAAAACAACGUCGAGCAAGGUCAAGUGUCUCGGAAACGGCGAAGAAACAACGGCCAAUUUUCAGUACCUAUUCAAAAAUCACUUCCUCCCCCAUCAUUUCUGUCUGUCUCCUCAGAUAAAGGGUCCAAAAAAUACAACGUCGACUUUAUAGAGGUCAGCUCCUCUAUCCUUGACUUGAAAACUAUCAUAACUCGCAACUUCGACUCCAACUCCUUUGGUAUCAACCUUCUCAACGCUAUGGAACUCUCUACAGACUUCUCCCCCGGCCCCCCUUCCUCUCUUAUGCUCAAAUUUAUUGAGCGCAUUGAGCGUGCUGACCCCAAUUCCCCCGAAUUUGAUGAGGACGACCAUGGUGUUUCAUGGGGCCAUCAUCAGUUUACGUCGGGUUCGAUGACGUCUUCCUCUGUACUAACAUCUUGGACUGCAAUAGGAAAAGAUUUUGCCCUUGACCUUUCCUUGACCUUCCUUGCCGACAACUAUCUCAACAAUAUACUCGAACAAAUCUGGGCUGCCUGGAAGGCAGCUGGAGGACCGGUAUCUAAGGGAAAGUGGCCACCUCUGUCUCGUCAAUGGAACAAUCCACAGUGGGUGUGUCAGAUUUGGCCAGAUCUGGUCACUGUUAUCCUGGCCUUACCCAUCAAGAAACAGCCCUCUAAGGUGGAAGUCGAGUCUAUUAUGUCCAAGGCAAUGGAAGGCAAAGAAUGUAACAUCCAAAUCCAAGAAGGUGACUCGGUAGAUGCCGACGCUGGUUUUCAGUUACCACCACCUCGUUAUAUUCCAGACGUCGGUGCAUAA